CAUCUUGCAUAACUUCAAGGUGACGGAUGUCCUGCAACAAGUCAGGGCGAGCCUUGCAGACUGAGUGAUGACAAUAAAUAUGAGUAGAAAAUUACCCUUUACAUUUCGAGGCGCACAAUAAAUACUUCAGGAUUUUGCUUCCACUCUCUCUUCGACCCUGCACAUGAGUAGUUCAAGGGCGCUCCCAAGUUUCUGAUGCCAGCAAGUUGUUCGUUCCGAGCCUCAACUCUCAGCCAAUCGUUAUGUUGGAGACAUUCGGGCCGCAGAGCGCCGGUGCGCCCAUCUCUAGCGCGGAGCUCCAGCUCAAACUGACGGACGACAAGAGCCGCCUGGCCGCCGCAGAGAUGAGGAUGGAGAACGGCAGUGGGAAGAAACUCCUAGAGAUAACUGGACCGUCCUUAUCCAAGAGAAAACUUUUGGUCGGCUUGGACCUCCUCUGCCUCUUCCUUGCUUCCAUCCCUUUCUUUGCAUGUGAACUGAAGACAGUGCGUCCUUACAAAAGAGGCUUUAUGUGUGGGGACCCCAGCAUCACCUAUCCUUACCUGCACAGAGAAGCCAUACCAGACGAAUUACUCAUCGCGGGAGGCAUCAUCAUCACCGGCCUCACAAUUGCCCUCGGGGAGUGUUACCGGGUGCGCUUUCGAAGCGUCAGCUCAAAGGCCUUCGUCAAGAACCUGUAUGUGUCCUGUCUGUACAAGGAGCUGGGCUGCUUCCUGUUUGGCUGCUGUGUAGGCCAGUCUUUGACCAACAUGGCUAAACUCAGUGUGGGGCGGCUGCGGCCUCACUUCCUGUCUGUGUGCGGCAUCACCUACGCAUCGCUCAACUGCACACCUGGAACAUACGUUGCGACGGUGACAUGUCGCCAGCCUGACCACCGGUUAGAGGAGGAGGCCAGGAAGUCUUUCUUCUCGGGCCACGCUUCUUUUGCGAUGUACACAAUGCUCUAUUUAGCGUUUUACCUACAGGCACGGUUGACGUGGCGCGGGGCUCGGCUGUUGAGACCAGUGCUGCAGUUUUUCCUGGUUAUGCUGGCGGUCUACACAGGUCUGACCCGCAUCUCCGACUACAGGCACCACCCGUCCGACGUUCUAACAGGCUACAUACAAGGAGCUCUCACUGCUUACUGGGUGGCCUUCCACAUCUCCUCGAUGUUUAAAAGCCCCAGUUCAGAUCUGUCCCCGACUGAGACCCUGGACAGCCCCCUGUCACCCCACCAUACCGUCUGCUAAACCCCAAAUCCGCCAGGGCCCGCAUGUGUCCACCUGCUGCCUGAAAUCUGAUCCGGACAGAGGAGAGAUUUGAAGAAUGUGAGACCAUUUCCUGUGAAAUAAAAACCACAUACCUCAGUAUUUGGACAGAGUGUGAGAGAGGAAAGGAGAGUAGAGCUUGUGAAAUACUGUCUGUGGCUCAAAAGACAAAGAAAUAACACGAGUUGAAAGAAAGGAAGAGGGAAAUCAUUGUCGAAGCAGUCUGAGCAUUCAACUGUUUGUCCUUGAGACUGAUCUUAGCUUCACUUGAGACUCUUACCUGUGAGGUGAGACUGAACACAAAGUAACCACUACCACUCUAUACAGCACUUGUAAAUAUAUGCAGAUUUUUUUUACAGAUACUGUAAAGGCACUUUUUAAUUCCCAAACUAGGUAUUAUUAUUAAUUACCACUCUGCAAUGACUUGGUAUGUAGAAUGUAUUAUAUUUUAUACAUACAUGGAAUAUAUUGUGUUUUUUUUUUUUUUUUGUUUUUUAUUGAAUGGCGUUGAAGGAAAGCACAAGUAAGAAGAAAGUUGAAGCAGUAGAUGCCAUAGGACGUGUCCGUCCAUCUGUUGUAUCGUAUUUCGUGUAGCUGUGAUGACACUAUCUAAACAUAUUACAUAUAGUUAAUGGUUAACUAUGGAUGCUACUAGUUUAACUUGUUUAACUUAUGUAUAAUCGUAGCUUACUUAUCAGUCCAAGAGCACACAGAUCAUUAAAAAUAAAAGUGAUUGUUUCUUUUUUAAAAA